GUUUGUGGUUGUGGACUGUGGUAGUGAUCUGUGGACUGUGGUCCACUUCCAGUCAAAGUCAGCAGUGCUUUUGUGAUUCUUUUCUUCUUUGCUUUGUAAAUGUUUGUACUUGUUAAAUGGUUGCAUGAUUUAAAUUUUCAAUAAUUAUACACUCCUUUGUGAUUAGUGACUCUGUUUUUGUCACAUGAAUAUUCUAAAACAGUGAUUUUACUGAAGAAAGAUGACUCUGUUGAGUCUUCCUGAGCUCGUCAUCGAAUAUAUAUUUUCAUAUUUGUCCUACGAUGAAAUUGCUAAGAACAGACUGGUGUCAAAAGAAUUUAACGAAAUAUGUAAGAGGUUGUUGAACCGAGGUUUUGUGAUGAUAGAGAAGCGUCAUGCAAGUGUGCUCAAGAAUGUCAAAGCUCAGCUGCCAAGGAGGGAAUCUGAACGCAGAUAUCACCCACUGGCUAGACAUUGUGACAUACUGACAUCGAUAGAGACUCGUAUAUCUAUGCUCAAUAUGACAUACAUGAAGUUCAUAGACAAUGGAAUAUGCUCCUUCAUACCGGGAAAGGUGAUCGACGAAAUCAGACGCGUGCUAACCAUCGUGGAGUCGUCUAACACGCCGCCGCGCGCGCACGAAGUCCUGCAAGAGCUUCGCGACAUAUCCAGCAUGGCGAUUGAACACUUUGACGACAAGAUCUCACCAGCCUUCCGCAAACAACUGCACGAGAGCGUCUUGCAGCCCACUUCUGGGCCCUCGCGUAGUGAGAACCAGAAACAUAUUGACUACAAGAUAGCCUUGCGCCAUCGACUGUUUGGGGCCGCGGAUCGGACCGAACCGAGGACCUCGCAAAUCGAGACUGAUAGUCUGAUAUUACCGGUCAGGAUGCGUGAAGAGUUUCUGCACAUGCGUCGCAGGACGAUCGUCAACUCCAGGCUGUCUCUGUACCUGACCGCUCAGUACAAGAAGUACUCUGAACAGGUGAAGGAAUACAAACAGUUUGCAUUGCGGCAGCACAAAGCAAUCCGUCUGCUUACCAAAAGACAGAGAAUGCAAAGUAUUGCUAUAGCCGAACUCAAGAAGCGCUUGGAAGAAAGUGAUAUUAAGUAUACCGAGCUCUCACUGUCCCACACCAACCAGACUGCUGGGGGGAAAGCUAUUCCAGUUCCAGGCGCAUCGAGCGAUGCUGCAUCGGGAUCUCAAUCGCUCCGCAAUUUUGGAAGUCAAAUCAAGUUGGACCUGUCCGUGCUGCCCAUCGGCACGUCUAAAAAGAACCAAACUAAAGCAACGCCGAACAUGAAGCCACGCAAGCCGCGUAUGAAAGUCCCCAGUCUUUCAGAAGACAUGGAUUCGAAUUUGGACAUGACAAUUGACGACUCAAUGCUGGCAAACAUAUAUUGGGCGACCAACAAAAUCCAACAGCUGUCAAGCUUGGGAAACAUGGCCAAAAACUUUGAUGGGAAGCUGAAGCGACGCCUCCAGAGCCCAAAACCGAAGAAACAGGAUACUGAGGCAAAGAAAGCGAAACUUGAUUAAAUGAUGGUCGACAUAUGGAGCCCAGGCCUGGUCUGUGUACAAGCUAUACCAAACUAUACUCAGUGGCCUCAGACCAAUUAUAGAAGGACCUGUAUCGCACACAUAGUCACGAACAAAAUUGUGUCAUUUUCUGAGGAAAAUGAGCUUAGAUUUGGUAUCUAUCUGAUACGAAACUAGAAGUUUUUGCCCGUUUUUUACACAAUUCAGUUACACAAAAAUGUAUUUUUACGGAGCUCUUUAACCGACGAACACGAUUACAACCAUUUAACAUCGAUUCUAUAGAGACAGUUUUUAUAAUCGCAUUAGAUCGUUGAUCAUAUACUUUGACAGAAAAGUAACGUCUAGCGAGGCAGGUCCUAUACAAUAAUUGGUCUGAGUCAGUGGCACAAUUAUCCGCCAUUUUACUAAUAAAAUUAAUUUUGUGAGAUAAAAUGUAAUAAACAUUUUACUUGAACUUUGUCCAGCCGUUCCACAGAUUAGCCUGGCCAAACAGAAAAACAGUCAAGACAGACAAAAAUUUAAAAAAAGUUGAUUGUGUUGUAGUAUUGUGUAAAGAGACAAGAGUGAUUUUGAAUUUUUUAUUAAUAAUUAUGUAUGUAUUGAUCACAGAUUAAUCAAUAAUAGGCAGAUGGAGUGUCGUACUCACAAAUACAAAGUUCAAAAACGCUCUUUGAUAUGACGCGAGUAGAUUAAUUGGGCAGAUAAUUAGGCCUCUGAGUAUAUUUUUGAUUAUUCAAAUUUAAGAGUUCACUUUUAAUUUUAUUUUGUUAGAGCCUCAAUAGCUCAACGGUAAGAGCGAUCGGACUCAUUACAGAGGGGUGGUGGUUCGAUUCCCGCCCCGUUGGUCUAUUGUCGUAUCCACUCUUAAUGCAGUCUUUCCCGACUAGUUGGAGGAGAAUAGGAAUAUUGGUCAUAUUAUUUAAAAAAUACAUGGCGAAUAUUCCUUUAAAAAAAUAUAUUUAUUCUCCCAGGGAAGUGCUACAGAAAUGUAGUUUUAACUGUUCAGUUAAAUCAAAGAAUUUAACUGACCAGUUUUUUCUAAUGAUUUUAAUUGGAAUUUCGAUUAGAUAAAACUGUACAUUUAAAACUGCGCGGUCAAACUGAAGGUAGAGUUCUUUUCAUGAAAGAUGUCCCGCGGCCAAAAUCUGAACUAAAAUUGACAGCGCCUUACACAAAUGAAAAUAAGACUGCCAUUACCAAACGACAAUGAGUGCCAUUAAAACAUUAGCGCCGCGUCUGGUGGACUUUUAUCAUGUAAAGGACUUUAUUAGCGCCUGUGAUACAGGUAAAAAUGGCGGAUUGAUUUUAUUUUGACGAUUUCCGUCGAAAGUGCCAUUUGUCAAAUGGCCAAUGGUAAUAGAGUGCGUGCAAGAUAAGUCUGCACGCGACUGGCAGUGCAUUAUGUUGCCAGCGUUAGUGGUCUCUUUUACCCGCCAAGAGAUAGAUAGAGAUAGACAACAAGAUGGCGGCACUUUUGAUUAGUACCGAUUUUUGCCACGCGCAAACUUAUCUUGCGCGCACUUCAUAAAAAUAUUCAUUUUGUUCUUAUUUAUUCUAUUAUUAAUAAAAUGUAUUUUUUAAUAAUGGUAUAUAUAGUACAUAGACCUGGCCUGAAAUUGACCAUAACAUCCUUUUCUAUAUAUUAUACUAACAUCCCACGUUUCACCCGUGUAGUUCCCCCGUUCCCGUUCGAUAAUAUAUACAGGAUGCUCGGGAGUAUUUCCCGUAACUGUAGUGUUAGGGUUUUCUUUAAGAAAAAUUAAUUAAAUAUGUCCAAGGAACAUGAUUUCUAAAAUGAAUAUUUUCGGAGUAAAUAAUAUUUCUUUUGUAAAUACAUCAUGAAAUGUGUCCCUUAUACGCAUACUUAUAAUAAUGAUGUAGUGAAACUUAUUAAUUGAUAAAUAUCACGAUGUACUAGUGCCAGUUGCAACUAUCUCGUCGCUCUCGUCUAUGUUGUCUAGUACUGUCAUCAUCAUCUUAGCUUGUCAUUGAAUAAAAAAAAAUUCUUUUCAUUUUACCUAAAGGCGUGUGUCUAUCCAAAUAAUUCCGAAUAUGCAUGUAUAGCCGGAAUUAUUUGUAUGAAAACAUGAAAAGUUCUUUUUAAUUAAAAAAAAUAGUUAUGCAGUUAGUUAAAUUUUUAGUUUAAAAAAAAUAGUUAUGCAGUUCGGCUGCUAUACGAGGACUUGUCAACACCUUGAAGUUAUGGAAAAUACUCCCGAGCACCCUGUAUAGUCUAUGUUACUUGAUGUAUCUUUAUAUUGGUAAAAUAAUUUUCAAUAUCGGUGUAGUAGAUUCAUCAGAUGUCACUAAUUCGUAAAUUUUAUCUCUAUAAUUAGUGUAGAUUGAUAUUAUGUGUUCUUUAAAUUUCAUAAUUACGUAGUCUGUAUGUAUGUGGUAUAAAUAUUCUAUAUAAUAUACUUGCAGAUACUCCAAGUAGUUUCUGUUCCCGUUGGGGUCAAAGUAUAGUCUAUGUGUCUAUGUUACUCGGAGAAAAUGUAGCUUUCUAUUAGUAAAAUAAUUUUCAUUAUCGGUGUAGUAGAUUCAGUCAUUACAAAGUAACAAAACUUUACCUUUGAAUAUUAGCAUAAAUUAAUAUUUGUUUAGUUUUAAAUUAUUACUGAGUCUGUACGUAUGAGGUAUAGAUAUUCUGUAUAUUCUGUGUUACUCGGUGAAAAUGUAGCUUUCUCUUAGUAAAAUAAUUUUCAAUAUCGGUGUAGUAGAUUCAGAUAUUACAAACUAAUAAACUUUACCUUUAAAUAUUAGCAUAGAUUAAUAUUUGUUUAGUUUUAAAUUUUAUUAUUAACGGAGUCUGUAUGUAUGAGAUAUAGAUAUUCUAUUUACUGAAGACAGUUUGGCUUGGAAAGCUAUAUGAGUAGAUCUCUUUGUGAGUUUAUUAUUUCGCCAUGUAUCCCUUAUAGAUCUAACAUGCACACCAUUAGUGCUAACGUGCGACCAAUGAGAUAAUCUCGUGAGGGGAAAUAGACAAAGGACAUGUCCCAAUUUUGGGCCUUUAUUCCGAGUGAUAAAGGGGUGUGGAUACCUACUCCUAACAAGUUAGCCCGCUGCCAUCUUAGAUUACAUCAUCACUUACCGUCAGGUGAGAUUGUGCUAAUCAAGGGCUAACAUGUAAAGAACAAACAACAUAAAAUAAAUUUAGGGCUUAAAACCUAAAAUAAAAAUAUUUUGGAAACCGCAUUUUUUUUAAUCAAUUAUAUAAAAUGUAAUUCUGUCCACAAUAUGAAAUGAAGUGACUCUUUAUUGUACACCACAAUUUAUGAAUACAAAAAAAAAAUAUUUGACGGCUUCCAACGCAGUAGUAUGCGCGGUGGAUUUACAAAAAGGACGUCCUGGGUUCGAUCUCCAGCUGGGCCGAUUGAGGUUUACUUAAUUGGUCUAGGUCUGGCUGGUAGGAGGCUUCGGCCGUGGCUCGGUACCACCCUACCGGCAAUGCCGUACCGCCAAGCGAUUUAUCUUCAUUCUCCUAACAAGUUAGUUCCAUCUUACAUUGCAUCAUCACUUACCAUCAGAUGAGAUCGUAGUCAACGGCUAACUUGUUAAGAAUAAAAAAAAUAUAUAUAAUAAAUAGUCACACAGAUACAAAAGGCGGCCUUAUCGCUAAGAAGCGAUCUUCUAAUGUGUCAUCUCAGAUAUACUGGUAAUAUGUCGUUGAAGCGUGCAGUAAUAAUUUUAAGUAUAUUCUAAUUAAAUAUUAUUUUUUUCCUCUAGUUUUUAGUCUUAUAUUUAUGUAUGUUGACUUGGUAAUUAGAGUUAGUCGAUUGUGUUAGUAUGUAUUAUAAAUGAUUAAAUUUAUUUAAUCUACUUACCUCUUUGCUUAAUUAGCAAAAAAUCGUAAACUAUUGAAAAGAAUACAACUCUAAAGAAUUGAAAACGUAAAGGUUUCCUGUUUUCACGCUGCAACUGUGGGGUUGCCAGAUAUAAACAUUUAAUUAAUGUUAUAAAAAUACCCUCAUCUUUAGUCGUCUAAUAUGUCAACCUAGCAAACGCCCACGACUUCGUCUUCGUCAGACCUCUUUAAUCCAGCCCUUACAGUAGUAUCGCUGUAAAAAUGGAGUAACUUCUCCCGUUUUCCCAACAUUUCUCUUCACUGCUCUGCUCCUAUUGAUCGUAGCGUGAAGAAUAGUAUACUAUAACCUGCCCAGGAGUAUGAAGAAUAAUUGUACCAAGUUUCGUUUAAAUCCGUCAAGUAGUUUUUGUUUUUAUAACGAACAUACAGACAGACGAAAAUUUUACUGAUUGUAUUUUUGGCAUCAGUAUCGAUCACUAAUCACCCUCUGAUAGUUAUUUUGGAAAUAUAUUUCAUGUACAGAAUUGACCUCUACAGAUUUAUUAUAAUUGUAAGUAUAGAUAAAAGCUUAUUUUGUGCUUAAUUUAACUGUAUUAGUUGCCUUUGAUCUAGUUCAUGGUUUUUGUAAGAAAAAUGUGUCUGGUUUAUAUAUAAUAUGGUCGCAAAUAUAAAUGCUGUAAUAUGUAGCUCAGAGUGUGACUAGAGAAAGAAAGACUAGGGUUUAUCUCAAAGGGUUUAUUUUGUUAAUUUUGUAGUACCGCUGGAUUCAUCAGCCUCUUUAAAUGGAGUUUAUACCCACCGUGCUGCUCUGAUGCAGGUAGGCGGAUGAUAUUCGACUCAAUUAUCAUUAUUAUGAUGUUAAUGAUAAUACUUUAUUUACUGGGAUCGACGCCAUAACUUGCUUUUCAAGGCACAGGGUGUAAGUGUCACACCACCUUUUAUCUUUUAAACUCUGGGCUAGGAUUUUUUACUGAAAAUUUCUUAGAACAAAAAAAAGCUCAGUUCUUCACAGCCUAACCUAGCCACCUAGGACUCGAUCCCAGGAACUCGUGAUUCGAAACCACAUAGAAAGUUCGGUCUAUUAGUAUUUUGGUGAUUCUUACGUAUAAUAUAAACAAAAAUAUUAAUCUUUGUUAAAAAUAAAUAUGUUAAUAUUUAACUCACAGAACAUGUUAUAUUAAAUACCUAUUGAUGUAAGUUACUGGAUAAGAUAUUAUAUAAACGGUAUAAACGUAAAUUCGGAGUAUAUAAUGAAUGUCUGUAACUGAUUAAAAAAAUAAAUGUAUUAAAAUCUCUUCGUUUAGAAAAUAAAGCAUAAUAAAUGCAAAUAA